UGUACCCUGGCCCAUGUACGAGAAUUAUACAUACGAGCACACGGGGCUACGAUUUGGCCUUCAAGACAUUGCUACGGUUUUCGAGCCUUUCUUCUUUUCCCCAUAGCUUGAGUCAGCGCAGAACGGACGCCCGCGCUCGCGCCCUCCAUUGACAACAACUCGACAACCGCACACAUUCCUCGUACCCGAUCCGAAGGCUGCAUUCCCUACCACCCAGACUACUGCGCAUACGAUACAAGAGGCCACGUGAGAAGCUCGGAGAGAUGCUGGGCUUUCGCCCACUAUCGGUUGGGAAGCGGAAACCGCAGGCGUACGCACAAGCGCCUGUCUACGACCCCGAUGUCGAACAUGGCACAUACAACGAGAAGGCGUAUAGCAGCAGCGAUGACGAUGACGAGAGCUAUGCCUCUGAGCCGCAAUCAAGCCAGUACUCCUCGCGUCAGUCGUCGGCCUCGUACGACACAAAUCCAAACAACAUCGAGUCGAGACCGCUCGCCCCAAAUCCAUCACAUCGAAGAGCACCAUCGAGGCCGAGGGUGAGCGCAUACAGCUACAGGAAUCCACGCGCAUGCACAAGAUACUUUGGGUUGGCCGUGGCAAGCACCUUGCUGUUCUUCAUAUGGUUCUUGUUCAGCAGUAGCUGGGAGUCGAUACGGAGCACAGAGUUGGGACUGCACAAGCCGCCACCACCGCCGCCCGUGUGGGAAAGCUUCCCCUUCCUAAAACGUUACCAUGGCGGAAUACGGACCUUGGUAAAUCGGGACAAGAACUCCGCUGAAUACCCCACCAAGCAAGAUAUUGAUCCAGAGCUGCCGGCCGACGAAUCCAAUGAUACGCCCAAGGAGCGGAGAUCGCAGGGUGCCCAUAUAGCCGAAUCGAUGCCCUUUGAUCCCUACCCAGACUACAGCGACUCGGACUACGUGAACAAGUACGGGCCGGUCGAGACGUGUUAUCUGGACGCGAACAAUACAAUAAAGAUCCCCGGAGUAAGGGCAUACAAGGGUGUCACAGAUGGCAUGCCGGACAACGUCAUGGGAAGCUACGAAGUGCUCGGGUUGAGGGACGACGUUUGCUUCGAACGCUUCGGACGACUUGGUCCGUAUGGUAUGGGCUACAGCAAGAGGAGGGGUGGCACAGGCGCUGGCAUGGAAGGCGACCGCGAGGGGAUUGACAAGGUCUGGAACGCUAAUCCAGAAGUCGACUUCCGACUGGUCAAGUGGGCUGAGGUUCUGCAUCGAUGCUUGACUAAGAACAAGGGGCGUUUUCAGACGCAACCAAAGUCUAAUGACCCCUCGUUCCAGACAAUGGCCAUGCAAAAGAGAGGUACUCUCCCUAACACACCGCCUCCCAGCAACGGAAGCAAGAUAUACACGAAUGAAACCCUUCAAGCAAAAUCGGAACCUACGUACAAGAAACUCAUUCCUCGAACCGCUGUACUCAUCCGGACAUGGUCCGACUACCAGUACGACGAUGAAGACAUCAUGUACCUCCGCGCUCUCGUCUCCGAGCUCAGCAUAGCCUCCGGAGGAGAAUAUCACGUACACUUCCUCAUCCAUGUCAAGGAUGACAACAAACAGAUCUGGGCCGAUGAGAAGGUCUACGCAGAAGUCCUUGAAAAGGCCCUUCCUGCUGAAUUCGCCGGUAUGGGCACUCUCUGGUCAGAACGUCAAAUGGGCCUGAUCUAUGGCGGCAUUGAGGACUCUAAUUAUCGUGGCUUACCUGUGCAUGGCGCCUAUCGCUCUACGUACAUGCCUGUGACCUACUUUGCGCACCAGCACCCCGAGUUCGAGUUCUUCUGGCACUGGGAGAUGGAUGUCAGAUAUACGGGCCACUAUUACCACCUCUUCGAACAAAUCUCCAAGUGGACUGACGUGCAGCCCCGCAAGGGUUUGUGGGAGCGCAAUGCUCGCUUCUAUGUGCCGUCAGUACAUGGAUCGUGGGAAGAGUUCAAACACAUGGUGCGUGUACAGACCGAUCAUGGUACAAACAACCAAGCAAAUAGAUGGUCCUCGCAUCUUCCGCCAAACCCCCACGUGCCGGAGACCAAGAUUCAAAAGCCAGAGAAGCCCAUAUGGGGCCCUGAAACUCCGCAAGAUUACCCAGAUAUUGAGAUCGAUGAAGCUGUUAAGCCGAAUAAGUCCAUGACCGAAGACAAGUACGAAUGGGGUGUUGGCGAGCCAGCCGAUCUCAUCGUCUUUAACCCACUGUUCGACCCCGAUCACACGAAUUGGAUCUUAGGAGAAGACGUCACCGGCUACGACAAGAAGAACGGUCUUCCACCUCGACGUUCUGCUAUCAACACUUCAGGGCGCCUGAGCCGCAGACUCCUAGAAACAAUGCACCGCGAACAGUCCCAUUUCCGACGGACUAUGUUCAGCGAAAUGUGGCCCGCCACCUGUGCACUGCACCACGGCCUAAAAGCCGUAUACGCACCACAUCCCGUCUUCGUUGACCGCAAGUGGCCAACGCAAUACCUAGCUGCUAUUUUCAAUAAUGGCAGGAACGGCGCCUCUGGCGGUGCUAAAAUGUCUAUUUUUAGCGAUGAACGCCAACACAACUUCCUAGGCACCUCGUGGUAUUACAAUGCAGGUUUCGCACCAAACCUUUGGAAGCGAUGGCUAGGGUACAAAGUCGACAAUGACGGUGGUGAGGAAGAAGAACUCGCUGGCGAGGGAAGAAUGUGUUUUCCUGCUGUUUUGUUACACCCUGUCAAGCAGGUCGACCUGAUACAGGAACGAGUCGAUACCAGCUCUGAAGAAGCACGUUGAUUGUCAGCCAGGCAUUGUGAGGUCUAGUCUUUGGGGGCGUUAUUGUCACGGUCUUAGUAUUUGAGUACGGCGUUGUAGGAUCUUUUAGCGCUCUGUACGACCGGGCUCUGAAUUUGUGACUACUAUGGUUAGGUAUGAUGUUGCUAUUCAUGUUGUACAUGGUAUAUGAGAGCAUGUUGUAGGCGUUUUGUCGGGUAGACUUGCUUUGUAUAUGUAACAC